GCACACUUUUGGUUUUCUUGCCCUUGCUUUCCCGACGGUGGUGCGGCGGUGUGUCUUCUGGUCGCUGCUUGUGCAUAUCGAAAGCGAUUGCAAUACCGAGAGGCACAUUUUCUUAGUCCCAUUUGACGUUUCGAUGUAAACGCAUGUGCUUUUUUAUCGUCAUUUGUGUUGUUUUUUUUUGUUUCGUCGUUUGUUAUUGCGCUCGCUCGCUCGUUUCGCUCGAUCUGCUCGCUCGCUGAGGCUUCUCAUCCGCUACCGCGUUGCUUGACGACGUCGUCGUCGUCGACGUUUUGUGACGACUACUGCGAUAGAUAUCAUCACCGUUUGGUGUGGUGUUUUUUUUUUUUCGUUCAUCAUAGUCGGCUGCCCGAUAGUAACGAAUAACACGUGGAUGAUGUGACGCGGGAGGCUCCACGCGAAAGAGAAGGAAAGCAAGUCUCGCGCCCUUUGAUGAUAAAAUGAGAGCGAAAGAGUUAGAAUGCUGCCGCCCCAAGACUCCCUGAGAAGCUCCACCGUUCCACGGGUAACCGACGAGGAAGAUACCUUUUUGGGGGGUUCAGCCGUGGAAUGAAAAAAAAAGCACAAGAAGCCAACUCGUCUCUCCUCUCCGGCAAGCAAUUCCGGCGGCUAUCUAUUUGAUUUUUAUAACUUUAUUAAUUAGUGUUGUUCGAGUCGAACGAUGAUAGAUUGACAAAACAGUUGGAGCUCCCCAAGAAGCACCCGUAGAGCGUGUGCCGCAGAGUGUGGUGCAGCCGCAGCUGGUCCAGAGAGGCCUCUCCGUUGGGUAGUGGACUGCAGUGGUAGUAGGCUGCGACUGUUGUAUCGUCGGCUGUCGACUGUCGAUUGUUGUUGCCGGUUUUCCGGUUCGAGACUGAACGACUUCGGUAGUGUCCGUCUCUGUGUUCGCAGGUCUUGGUCGCGUGCGGAAGUUACUGUUGUUGUUCGGCGGUUCUUGGUACGAGUUCACUCCCGCGUACGGUGCUUGUGUUGUAGUAGGUGCAACCCUUCCCGCUUGCUUGGGUGGGUGCCCUUUUUGGUGCGUGUUAAUGAGUGGCAAUUCGCCGCCUACUCCCACCGGUCUGCGUUCUUCCACUUGCCACUUGCCGGGUCAGACGAGACUGCUGCCACCGACGACCGGUCAGGGGCCGAUACCAAUAUCCAGUCGAUCCGGUCGAGGUGCUUGGAGCGAAAACGACGUCUGGCACGGGGUGAUAUUUUUUCGAGUGACCGACAAUCAAUUAGUCGGAGAGGAAGUGUUUGUUUAUGUGCUAAUAAUGAUUGCAAUAGAGCGUGCACAUUCGGUUCGGUGUUGACCCGGGGAAUUUGAAUAAUUGAAGGCGUUGAUUUUGAUCAGUGUGGUGAAGAAGAAAAUGCAAAACACGAUUACAUGAAACUGUGAGCAAACGAAUGAAUGCGCUCGAUACAAAGCGAAUGUGAGAAAGAAAUGUGCAAAUCGAAGGCGUUGCACGAAGUUACCUAAAUUUGCCGUCGGCAUUUCCUGUGGUGGUACUUGUUUCGUUUAAACACUUGAAUAGUGGAUUACAAAACAGAAUAAAAAGUUCUUGUGUAACGUGACAUGUUGUCUUUCGGUGACUUAUGCAAAUUAUCCAAUCGGAAGUGGAAAUGAGAGAUUGACAAUUGACGUCGACGUUUGAUAGUGCGAUAAAACAAAAUGAUGAAAUUCUGAAGAAUCUAAAAAAGGCUAAGUAGUGAAAUCGGUGCAGAAUCGCAGCAACCCAGCUGAUUAUGCCGCUUUUGGUUGCCCAGCGAAGUGCGGUGCAUGGAGUGGCCUUAGACCACCAAUUCAAUCAAAGCUUUUAUCAGCACUAUCAGCCAUUUGAGACGGACAUCAUCAGAACGUCGUCGCCGCCGUCGUCGGAACGAGUCCAAUUUACCAAAAUAGACCAUCCAUCGUCGUCGUCUUCGUCGUCAUCGGCGUCAUCAGCUCAAUCUCAGUCGUCGCCAUCAAACGCCGUGGAUUGUCAGCCGCGGGUGUCGGAAUUUACCAUGUCCAAAUUCAAAGCCAGCUCCCGACAUCCACUGUACCGUCAGUACUAUGGCGGCAGUGGGCCAGACGAAUCCCCACCCUACGAAAAGCAGGAGGAACAAGAUAACAGCGAUAGCGAAAUCCGAGAUAAACCUUACGGAAAAAUUUGGCUAAGCAAUGAAGCGCAGUGGCAUCACCCAGUCUCGUUACCGUCAUCGGAUUCUAGCCUGCCGCCGCACACCUUACUCCCACCCACCAUGAUUCCUAGUAGUGGCUUGGGUAUGACGCCAUUGAGCUCAUCCACAUCGAUUUCACCGCACGGGAUUCCGAGCAGCCUCCUUUCCAUCCGAGACAUGAUGCUCCAAAAUCCUUCCCUAGGUCUGCUGAACGAAAGCAACCUUCUGCUCAAGAGGAGUAUGCUGGAGAAUAUGCCAUCGAGCUCGUUAGGAUCAUUCCCACUUGGAGCAAAUCCUCUCGGUGGUAUGCAACCGACAUCAUCUCCUCAAAUCUCAGCCUCCUCCUCGUCCGGCAUAACACCUCUAAGCCCGCUGAUGCAUUCGAUCAAACGAGAGACAGACGACUCCGAAUGCGAAAUAAACCUCGACGAGCGGAGCUCAAGCCAGAAUCAUACUCCACGAUCACCACCACUUCAUUUCGCACAUCCUCCAUCCCAUCAUACACCUCAUCAUCUCCAUCACCAUCCCCAUCACCAUCAUCAUCAUCCUCAUCUCCAGCAUCGAUCCAGUCAUCUUCCGCUAUCCAUGCAUCACCGUCACCGCUCGUCCCCAAUCUCCUCCUCCCCGUCGUCGAUGAUGGCCGCAAGUCCAUCUUCGGUAGCAGCAACAGUGUCAUCCCACCAGCAUCACACACUUCAAAGAGACUCCGAGGAACGUGAAUUGAAUUUCAACGCUUUGCCGCCACCACCAUUGAUGGUGCAAUCGCAGCAACCGACACGAUCCAAGCAACCAUCGCCAGCAAUUGCAUCGGCGACCAGUUCCUCCACAAGUUCGCGGCACAAAUCAGAGCAACCCGGUUCCGAGCAUGAACCACCACCUCAUAUGAAUCAUCAUCACCAUCAUCAUCAUCAUCCGCAUCAUCAACUCGUCCAUCAUUCGUCGUCACCGGAUCGAUUCCAUGACGUGGUGCGUGAUGGCACGUUGUUGACCAAACGGGACGAAGAUGACGCCGGCGGCGGCGGCGGCGGCAAUGGAGGACAGCGACAUGACCAGGGUCAUCAUGCCGACGAUGGCGACGACGGUGAGGAUGAUAGCAUGAAUGGUAUUCGCCACCGCCGGGAACAUUUGGCAUCGUCCAGCGGCAACCGGGAACGGAACCGAACUCGGUCCAAGUCGCCGCCACCAUCACCGGAUAUAAGCCGCCUCUCGAAAUCACCGUCCCCGCCUCCUUCGCAUGACGACAACUACAGCGACCGUGAGGAUGGAAGCGACCGAGACCAGCUCGGGAGUCCCAUUCCGACGGACCGGCCGGACCGCGUUACUCCUCUCAACCUGAUUACAGAUGCCUCCAGGCGAACGCCGUCUCCACCUCAGCAAACGUCCGUCGGGGCUCCCAGUAGCAGUAGCAUCGGCGUCGCGUUGGCAGCCCUGCAAAACCAGCUUCCGCUGGGGUCGCUUUUCCUGCAGAACCAACUCGGGCUGGGAACACUGGGCAACCUAUCGAGCCAGGAGCUGAACGUGCUGCAGCAGGCGUUGCAAGCGCAGCAGGCGUCCUUCCAGCAGCAGCUGCAAAACUACAUGCUCAUGCAGGCGCAGGGAAACGUUGCCGGCGGGAAUGGCAACGCUGCGGCUCAGGCCACGGCCCAAGCCGCUGCCCAGUUUCUCAUGCAGAAUCAGCUGACUCCUCCAAGCUUUCCCACUCCACCACAGUCUCUCACUAACAGUGCUACCAGUGUCUCAGCUAACAUCUCAAACCCUUCUACUAACAUGACAAGCAGUGCAUCCAGUAUCGCUGCCGCCACAAAGCUUAAACAACUAGCACAGCACGAUGGAUCACGAUCGCUUCAGGUUCAACAGGCAGUGGCCCAACUGCAGGCCCUUCAACAGAAACAGCAACAGCUAAAGGCCAGUUCCACCCCAACGCCAGCGAACCUAUCCUCCUCCUCGCCCCUGCACAGCCCCUCGGGAAGCCCUGGCCUACAUCACCCCUCGGCCCACUCGUCCCUGUUGGGCUCCAGUCAAACCACUCCCCCCAACGCGAACCAGCUGAACGUCGGCGGAAUCCUGACACCGUCCACCCCCGGCUCCACGGCCCAUACUCCCCAGCUCCAAAAGCACAAUGCCGCCCCUCGGGCCCUGGAACCAUCGCCCGAGGAAACCACCGAUCUGGAAGAGCUGGAACAGUUCGCCAAAACGUUCAAACAGAGGCGGAUAAAGCUCGGGUUCACCCAGGGCGAUGUGGGUCUGGCCAUGGGGAAGCUUUAUGGGAAUGAUUUCUCGCAGACGACCAUCUCGCGGUUUGAGGCGCUGAACCUGAGCUUCAAGAACAUGUGCAAGCUGAAACCGCUGCUGCAGAAGUGGCUCGAGGACGCCGAUAGCAGUAUCUCCAAUCCUGGCGGCCGAAUCUUCAGCCCCAGCACCAUCGCCAGUACGACCCCCACGCCGGAGAUGGUCGGCCGUCGGCGCAAGAAGCGCACCUCCAUCGAAACUUCCGUCCGGGUGGCCCUGGAAAAGGCCUUUCUCGUCAAUAGCAAACCCACCAGCGAAGAGAUCACCAACCUAGCGGACAACCUGUGCAUGGAGAAGGAAGUCGUCCGGGUAUGGUUCUGCAACCGGCGCCAGAAGGAGAAACGGAUAAACCCCCCGAACGGCAUGGAGAGCCCCACGCACUCGUCCGGAAGCAGCGAAAUGUUCCAACUGCCGAACUUGUCGUCCAGCGGAAGCCUACCUGCCCACUACCCGCCGCCGCACCAUUCGAUGGGCCCCGGUGGCGGAAUCAAGCAGGAAUGACUAGGCAACGGGGGGUCGUUUGAUCCGGAUGCCACCGCCAGGGGGUCACCGCCCUCGCUGAGCCCCCUAGCGCACCAGCAUCAGCACCAGCAACAACAUCAUCCCUUUCUCAUUUGAAGCGGUCAUGCUGCUGGCACCACAGGCAACUUCCGUCCCGUUCCGUUGAGUUUCCGGUUCCCACAACCCCUCGUCGGAAACCCUUUCCGACGCACAUAUCAGAGAGAAGCGAUCCUCGGUGAUCUGGCGGAGAGCGCGCAACUUCUGGGAAGUUGCGUUCCGGACGGCUAGUGGACGCCCCCCACAGAAAAGAAAAACCCUUAUUUAUUAAAAUCCCGAAACGUAGCAAAGAGGAAUGGAAAAACCUUAGCACGUGGCGAAAAUGAAAUUAACUUUAAUUAAAUCAAUAUUAGUGUUCGUGUACCUAUGUGAAAUGUGAGACACAGAGAAGUGGAUGGAAAAAAGGGGAGUCACACCAAGGUGACGAAGAACGAUAUAUCAUUCCAAAAAAGCUUUAAGCGUUAUCUUCGGUCCUGAUAGUAAGUUGUGUUAGUUCUAUUACGUUUUUUUUUUCUUAUCUUUCUCCUCUGAAGUUUUCCUAGGUCAGGUGCUCUCAGUCAGAGCGAUUGAACAAGAUGAAGGUUUCCGGUGAAUUUAUUCUGGAAAUUCUACGGUUCUCUGAACUUCAGAAACAGCUUUUCAUCCGCCGCUUUGGCGUCUCCCUCUUCUGAUGCGAGACAUUUGAUUUUCAUCUACCGCUAUGGCACCUCCCUCUUUCGAACCGAGAUUUUCCUAAUUGUCUUUAACUAUGAUUCGAUUAGGAUGCUUGGAUCUGUGGAGCUUGGAAUUAUUGUGGACAAGCUGGUGCCCCCAGGAAGUAACUUGUGUUUACACUUUGGCGUUCGCGAAGUUGUGACGCGGCGAUCGUUUGCGCGCCUACUAGAUUGCUUGAUGUGCAUUUGGCAGACCAUGUGCUACCAGCGUUCAAUGGAAGGCUAGUCGCAUUACAAUGCAUGCAGAUUCACUACCACACACUAUCCGUCGGAAAGUCAAACUGUUCAUAUUUACCUUCUACUGGUAGCCGAUAUGUAAGAGGUUUUCUGUACACUGCUUCUGGGUUCCGCUUCUGGAAUUCUUCGCAAUGUGUUCUUGCGCCAACGUGGUACUUGUUCAGUUGACAGUUGUGAUGAUAAUAAUCAUUCAGUCCAGAUCGGCAUGGCCUACUCCGUGUCUGUUUUAUUUCAAACUAGCAGCAGCUUCUGCAGUAAAUUCUUCUGCCAAGACAUUAAUGCGUCAAAUUGCCUCUUUCUGCCUCUAGUAGUAAAUCAUUCGGAAGAUCCACUAGAUUUAAAAUGUUCAAGAAAAAGAUAGGUUCUUGUCCAAAUGGGCAUGUGCACCUAUUUUGGGCACUUGCCGCUAUAACUAAGUCGAUUUCAAACCGAUUGGUUUGAGUUUUUGUAUAGAUUAAGAUACUGUACGUGUCUAACUCUACACAAAGAUUCAAAUCAAUCCGUUUGAAAUUGACUUAGUUAUAGCGGCAAGUGCCCAAAAUAAGUACACCUGCCCAAAUGGUACAAGACCCUACUUCUUCAUCAUUUUAUUCAAUUGAUUAACCUAAAAAAUUUUCAACGAACUCCAAAUGAUAUUUCUGAAUAAAUUGUGAAGGGAUUGUUAAUAAGAAAUAGCUCAAAUUGCCUACUUUGUCGAUAAUGCUCUUUGUAAAGCUUUAAAAAAGCUUUGUCAAGAUCAUUUUCGUAAUAUUUUGUGCACCACUCAGAUCUUCAUCUUGCUCAACUGCAACCUGAUCCUGUACAUAACCUCAAUUGCAAAUGAAACUGUACGUAUUAGAAAAAAAAUCUUUAGGUUGUCGCUUAUGUUUGUCUUUAAAAAACUUGUAAAAACUGUACUACACGCUGUUAAUAGGAAGUUUCUUAGCAUAUAUUCACCACACUCACACACACACUCAGAACGACCUGAUUGAAUUUCCGUGCAAUUUGCGUGCCGGCUUUCGUAGUUGUGCAUUUUCCUUUACCCAGAGGAAACUAGUUUGCAGUUCCACCACCCGAGAUGCCAAUAAAAAAGCAUAGCUCGAUAUGAUAAGUUAUUUUCUCCUUUUCUUAGUUAAAUGAAAUGAAACAAACAGCACAAACUCGACUUUUCGUUACACUCUCUGAAAUGGUGGUUAUCUUACUCCUGAACUCAUGAUGGCAAAUAAAAAUCAAAGAUGUAUACUAAAAACUAUUGUACUACUUAAACAAUGUAAUCGAAAACAAACAAAAAAAACGAUAUUUAGGCAAACAGAACGAUGUGGUUCACUUUUUUGAAUCAGGAAAAAUCACUGUAUAAAAAUGAAAUUGUAGUUGAAAGUUUUGUCGAGACUAAAAUUCAUCAAAUAUAAAUACUAUAUCCAAAGAGUACGAGAAGAAAGUUUACUAACAUAGUUCAUUAAGACAGCCAAUCAAAUGCAAACAAAAAUCCAUAACUUAUUUCUAUACUCACAACAACUAACAUUCCAGAGGCUCAGUUAUCCCCCCUGUCUGUACCGAACACACGAAACCAGUUUUCUCAAACGAGAAGUAUUUCAUAAACACACAUACACGCAGAGGAUGGUUCCAGGAUUCACUCCUGUAUGGAAUCGAUCCCAGUCUUCCAGCCAAUAGCAAAAACGAAACACUCAAACAUAGUAAUAGUCAAGAAAAAAAAUGUAAAAAAAAAAACACUCAAAACAAAAAAAAAUCCACAAUGGUAGAUAUUUUAGUAAAAUAAUUCACAAACAAACGGAUUGAUGUUCCUAUUACAGAGCGAGAUGAUAUGUAGUGUUUCAGCCCUGCACCAAAAAAAAAAAAAAAAAAGAAUCACACACGCAAUGAAGACAUUUCGAAAAACCGAUGGGGUGAAAUGAUAAGAUUGUUAUGGUUUAUAUUAUUUGACUGUGUACUAGCAUCAGAUAACUUCUUCUAGUUAGUAGCUUUCCUUCUCCAGCUAUCGAGCUGAAGAAGAAAGCGUAUAAAAACAUUUCAUUUCAAGCAACCAUGUGAAAUAUAGCUCCUAAAAUCCAGUAUCGUAACGUUGUACUAGUAGCUAAAGCGAAACGAAACGAACUCCCCCGAAAAGAAAAAAAAACCCAAGUUGAACACGUGAGUUAAACUAAUUUUGUCUAUAUAUUUUUCUAUGAUUCGAUAUUGAAGCAGUCAGUGGUAGGAUCUUGAAGAACAAAAAAAAAACUGUGUGUACAUAGGUGAGUAAAGCAGAAAAGAACGAACAAAAAUCAACUAUAAUGAUGAAACAAACAAAAUGCAGCUAGAUGAAUACGAGAAUAAUAAAUAUGGAUUCAUAAUUGAAAAAGA